CAACCGAUAAACCAGAUAAGGCAUCUAACUCAGCUGUGGAACUUCGCAAACGAUGACUCGCUAGUUAAAACGGAGUAGGCCUAAUCUCUAAAUCAGUGUGGCGAUCCCAGUGUUGAAUUUGUGAAGCCGACCUGCGAUCAAAUAGACGUGACCUAGAUGACUGUUUCUCAGAAAUUUUACGAGCAUGUCUGAGAAGGUUUUAUUUCCCCGGGAAGCCGGCAGAUUUAUUGCUGAGACAAGCAAAGAUGUGGAAGUUAAGGAAGAAGGUGUCCGGAAAAUAGCCAAACUGAUUAUUGAGUAUGCCAGACAAGGGAAGUUUAGGGUGGACAGGUGGAAGGACCACGAGCUUAAUCCUAUCACACAAGACAAGGCAGCUGUAGACUGGAUAUUUGUGUCUGAUGUGCUCAACUUUUCAUUCUGGGCAGACGACGACUCAAAGAAGUACACUGUUAGUUACAAGGGAAAGCCGUACACUGGAUACUGGUCAUUGUGUGCUGCUAUCAACAGGGCCGUAGAUGAGGGUUAUGCUAUCACAGAUCCUGACUUUUAUGCAAGCAUAAGUAAAGAAGAUUUGCAGAAAAUAUUUCGAUCAGACUCUUCAGUUGAUAUCCCCCUCCUUGAACAAAGGCAUCAAGUGCUUUGUGAAACUGGCAAAGUACUUCUGAAGAAGUAUGAUGGAAGUUUUGUGAACUGCAUAAGGGAAUGCAACCAGAGUGCUGAAAAGCUGAUGAGACUGAUUGUGGAGAAUUUCCCAUCUAUGAGAGACGAGGCAGAGUAUUGUGGAAAGAAAGUUGCCCUGUACAAAAGAGCGCAGAUUUUGAUAGCUGACAUUUGGGCAGCCUGCGGAGGGAAAGGACUUGGUGAAUUCCAUGACAUAGAUACUAUCACAAUGUUCGCGGAUUACAGGAUACCACAAGUCCUGACUUAUUAUGGAGCCUUAAAAUAUUCCAACAGCUUACAAGACAAACUGCAGAAAGAUAAUAUUCUAGAGAAUGGAGAACGGCAGGAGGUGGAAAUCAGGGGAUGUUCCAUAUGGGCCACAGAGCUAAUUGUUGAGGAGGUCAAGCGCUUGACAGCAGGUGAUGAACAGCUGAAGGACCUCCCAUGCAAUGCCAUCAUGGUAGAUCACUACCUGUGGGAUCAUCGACGAGAAUUCCAGGUAGACAUGGAGAGCACCCCUUACCACAAGACACGGUCCAUCUACUACUGAUGUCAUUCCGCACAUGGUGUGUGUUAUUAGAGGGUGCUGCCUCAUCAGUUGAGCAGAAGGAAGAGACGAUAUAUUAAACCAGAAGAUAUAUUAGAACCAAGUUACACAGCAUUGAAAACUUGAACAAUUGUCGCUGACAGGUUCGGUGUUAGACAGUCAUGCCUUAAUGAUACCCGGCAAUCAACUGUGGCCUAAUAACAUUAUACUAGCUACUGGUAUGUGGUUUCAGUGACUGUUGAAUGAGUUAUGGUGACACCAUCAUUACAGUUGGGACAAAACCCGGUUCUUCAUCUUAUAGUAAGUAACUAAAUGCUUGGACCUCUUUGAAGCUAAAUAUAUCAAGUAACCUUAUAUAGAAUUCCCUAGAAUUGCAUUGUAUUUCUUAUAGCAAAUGACCAUGUAUUUAGACCUCCUUAGAUUCUGUUGUAUGUCUUAUGGUCAGUGACCAUGUGAUUCCAUGGACUGCCUAAGAAUUUCAUUGUAGCUCUUUAAUAUACCAUGUAACCAUAUGUUUAGACCUCCUUGUAGUACAUUAGGGCCUCUGUAGACUUUCUUUUUAGUUUUAGCAAGUAACCAUAAAGGAAGUGAACAUUAAAUAAGAUAGAAUGAUAAGAAAUGAUCUUUAUUCAGUUGGAAUUUUGUUAAAGUAUCACAAAGUAUUACAAAUGUUAUAUGACUCCAUAAUGUAAAAACAUAUAAGAAAAACAAAUUACACUGAUACAGUACAUUGACUUUCUUGUUUGAUCUCUAUGCAACAGCUCUGUCACCACUUAAAACUAACCACCAGGAUAUAAGUGAAAUAUUCAUGACUAUGGCGUUGAACUCAGAUCAAAUAAACGAAUAAGCUCUAGCCUGCUUUUUUAUGAUUAGUGGACAUCUUUCCUUGAUUCUGGUGAUAUGUGUCUCAAACUGAAAGCAUUGACACAGCCUGUGAUGCUGGCAAGUUGUCAGCAUUUAAUAAAAUGUGCUUGCAUUGAGUGCCAGCUUGUGAUGAGCCUGUGGUUUGCUUGUUGUGUGCCCGUGGUUUGCUUCUGGUGAGCCUUUGAAUUGCUUGUGAGUUUGCUGCUUGCUUGUGGUGAACCAGUGGCAUGCGUGUGGGUUUUGCUGGUUUAUGACAAGCUUACUUAUUGCUAGUUUGUAAGUCUGGCUACCUCGCAUUGGGCAUGUUCGUGGAGAGCUUGUUGCUAGCUUGUGGUGAGCCAGAGGCUUAGUUGUUAUGCCGUGCAGGGAGCCUGUUUUUUGAGUGAGCAUAUGAAGUGUGAGGAUAGCUUGUGGUGAGCCCGUGGUUAGGAAGAGGUCUGUUUGCAGAAGUUUGUGAGUUCCAUAUCCACAGAUCACUGAGGUAACUCCUCGCCCUCGGUAGUAAAUGAUCAGAGGAAUUGUGGUGGAAAACUAGUGGUUUGAGUUUUGGUUUGAACAAUAUGUUUUGUGCAUGUCAUAAAAUCAACAAAUUAUUAAUUCCAAG